UUGUUGACAAAACAUUUUCCAAUCCCUUCGGAAUUUCAACUUUAAAUAAUUUAUUAAAAUAAGCGAUCACGGUGAGAAACUUUGUUGUUAAAAAGUCUUAAAUUGCGAGGUAAAAAUCAAGAAAGGCAUAGGACCAGAAUAAGAAGCUUAAAUUCCUUUAGAUGUUUGUUAUAUGAAUGGUUCCUUUAAGUUUGUUCAUUUUUCAAAGUUAAUACAAAGAACAAGAUGGAUUUAAGUUUGGUGGAUCUUAAGGCAAUGGAUGAUUCAUUUAUCCUAACAAAGUCUGAGGCAAUGGAUGAUGAAGUUACACAAAUCAUAAAGAAAUGGAAUUUAAGUGCGAAAAAAGAAAAUUCUGAAAACAUUAAUAGAAAGGAUGCCUUCGAUUCCAGGACAUUUACACGUCCUAAAAAAAAUCUGUUCAAUCAACAACAGCGAUCAAUACCUCACGGUAAUGAAACUGAUGAUUAUUCGAUAGAAUCUGGCAUUGCAUCUAUAAAUUUAAAAGUUGGUGGUGCAAUGUCAUCAUUCAACCCAAGACUAGUGCAACGGACGUGGUUAAGCGAUGUGUCACCACCAAGUUCAAUUUCUACUUCUAUAAGCAUGCAAAAUAAUGACAACAUGCUCAAUAGUCUAAUAACAAGCAGCGACUUUAGCAAUGUCAGUUUUCUAUUGAAUACAAGCGAUGACAAUGACGCAACGUAUAAAGCUAAUCCAACUGUUUUAGCUGAAAAGCCCGAUUCUGCAGCAAAUGUGACAAGAAACUUAAUAAACUUCACAUUCGAUGUCGAUAAAACGAUGCCACUCGGUGCAACAUUUACACAAGUUGACACUGAAACACCAAUUAAAGAGUUUGGCAUAGAAAAUGGUGAUUUUUAUUGUCCACCAGAAAACUUUGGAAAUAAUCUCACAUUUGAUGCUCAUGAAAAUAGCAACGAACGAGCAUUGGACCAAUUCAAUGAAACUGUUAUUCAAUCAACACCAGUUCUUCCCAUUGAAAAUGAAAAUGAACAUUUUAAAAAGAAUUUUGAACUGACAGUGUCACCAAUCAACAGUUUACGUGAUGAUUUUAAAAAUGACGAUGGUGAAAGUGUGGCUUUGAGAAAAUUAAAGUCACGGAAACUAAUCGAUGAUAUAACAAUUGAAGAUUAUCGCAUAUCAAUAGAAGAUCAAUGUGAAUUUCUGUUAAAUGAAGAGACAAUUAAGUUAAGUUCUCGUGUUUAUGGUGAUUCGAUGGAAUCUUCUGAAUUAAAAUCGACACUUCAGAAAUCAGCUGAUUCAAAUGAAAAAGAUUUCGAUAGAAUGCUUGAAAGUUUCAGUGUGAAGAAAUCUAUGGAAAGUGAAAAACUUCUUCAGUCGAUCAAGCAACGUCACUCACAAAUAAAUUUUGAAAAGCAACGGGAAGAGAAGCAGAAGAGAGACGGCGAAAAUGACAAUAAGAUUCAAUAUGAGUCGAUGAAUCAAAAAAGCCAAAGACUCUUACAGAGAUCGCGUCUUUACGAUGAUGUCAAUGUUGAACUGCAGAAACAAUCACAAGAGAUUUUUGAUACUGACGGUGCCAAAACUUCUACGAAAGAACAAACUGAGCCUGAAGAAAACGAAAGUGUUGACACAAAUAAUCGCGACAGAUUUAAAACAAUCAAACUGAACAAGAAACUACAAAGUGGAAUGGUUGUUGUUGAUACAGAAGAACCGAUACAGCCAAUUGAAUCUAAUGUCGAAAACUCAACUAGUCCUGGUUCAAACAAAGAACGAAGAAAUCAAUUGAAUCAGCAAACCCAAGACAAGAAGGAAUUGAAAAAACCGGCACCACCAUCAAAAUUAUCAAAGUUUGGAUUCGGUUUUACACGCCCAACUUAUAAAAGUCAAAACGAACUACAAUUAACUCUCAAAGCAAGCUCUACUGAUAGUUUAGAUAAUAAUCAACCAAAAGUUUACAACCAUAAAGUUCCGAAUCUUAAGUCACCGAUGGGAGUGAAAUCGAAAUCAAUUCAUAAUCUGAUGUACAAUGGCGGCAGCAACCAAAAUGGAUCGCGUUUGGGAAGUAAUAGCAACUUGAAACUUACGACUACGACAAAAUCACAAUCAAAUCUUAAAUUUCCAAGAGCUUCUUCUCUAGUAAGGCAAAUGGCUGAUAAUGGAAUUCAGUCAUCUUCAAACACAUUCUCGAAUGCACAAAUGCGACCACCACCAAAUCGAAAAGGAAUUGUGCGACCAUCUUCAGGAUAUUAUGGAAAUACAUUUAACUCGAAACGGUUUGAUUCUGAUGAAUCAGGAUGCAGUCUUUCAUCGUCAUCAGCAAGUUCACGUAACAGCGUGCAUUUGUCUGGUGAUCAAUAUCAACAACAGAACUAUCAAAAACCGAUCAACAGUAGUGAAGAAUUGUCAACCAAAUCUUCUGUUACUGGAACGAUUCCGAAACCAACUGGAUUAAGACCACCUUCAAGCCUUCGAAUGCCACAGGCAAGGAGCGGUUUACCUCGACCUGCUGGCAUCAUGAAACGAUAAAUUAAUGCUCGUAUCUAUAGACAUUUUCUUUUUCUUGCAUUUCUUUUUAAUUCAUUCUUAUCAUCCUUCCAUUUUCGUCAAACAUCAUUAUGCAUGAAGCUUCUACAUGCUUCCAGUCUUUUAAGUUGUUGAAAUUUCUGAUACUUUGAUAUUUUUGCGAGUGUCAUAAUGGAAAUUCAAUUUUUGUUAAUGAAUUUUUAGCCACUAAAUAGAUAAGAAAGAAACACUAAAUUAAAGCAUAGCUAUCGAAACGAACAUUUUUCAAAUUUCUUUAAAAAAAUUGUACUUCUGAUCAAACAGAUCAGCUCAUAUUGUUUUUGCUUAAGCAUUUUCCAUUAUUAUUUCUCGAAGUAUCGUGAUAAAUAAAUAAAAACAUUUAUACAGAUUUACACA